AAAUGGCCAGUUGUGCAACUGUCAAAGCACGUGAGAAUUUGAAAAUCAAAACAAAAAUUUUUGUGUGAUAAAAAUGGAUCAAACUGGGAAUUCAAGGAGGAAAAAGAAGCCAAAAAGGAAGAAUAAUAUAAAUAAAUCAGUGAGGAAUUAUUUUCGGUCAAAAGAACAUCUUUCAAAUGGUGAUGUGAGUGAAGAAGAUGCGAAAUACUUCAUGGGAAUUCUCACGGUGCUGAGGGAAGCGUCCAAUGAUGAGAGCAAAGAGCUACUAGCCACCAAUGUAAUUGAACAGACAAAAGGCCGGGAGAUUGUUCUGUCAUCGCAUCAGAUUGCAUCGAAAGUGAUUGAGAAUCUCCUGGAAUUUUGCUCUGAUGAGACUCUUGGAGAGUAUCAGGAAGCCUUUAAGGCUGACAUUCGAUCACUCUGUCUCAAUGGGUUUUCCUCCCAUGUCCUUGAAAAGCUCAUUUCCAUCUCUGCAAUGAGAUAUCUUACUAAGAAUUCGGUUGAGGAUGAACCUCCCGAAAAGAAGAUAAAAACGGAAGAUGGAAUCCCUCCAGGGAAUCUGUCCCAGAGCAAAUCCUUCGUAGAGACUUGUAGUAAAUUCCUCCUUAACAAUUUGGAGGAAUUUGUCUGGGAUUCAUAUGCUAAUCAUGUCAUCCGGACAUGCUUAACGACCCUCAGCGGAAGGAUUUUGGAGGAAAAGGUGCCCAUUCCCGGUGAAUGGACAGAGAUGUUCAAGGAAUAUGUUGCCCGUCUGAGAGAUUGGCCCUUCUUUGCUGACUUCCCGUACCAGGAAUUGACGUCAGGGCUCCUGCAGUUUCUGAUUCAAGCCCUGGCUCGAGUUGACAAAAACACCCUGAAAUCCAUCGGGGGAUUCUUCACGGAACCAAACACCUCAGAAACACCCGAAGAGGACCAAGAAUCACCAUCGAAACUGCACAAACUCUUCAGCACUGAGAGCUCAAUAAGAUUCCUGGAAGUGUUAAUCAGCGUAGCGGGGAAUAAACUCUUUACAAAGAUCUUCCUGAGGCUCUUCCAGGGGAAUUUCAAGGAGUUGAGUCUCCUGAAAUCAGCCAAUUUCUCUGUGCAAAAAUUGCUGGACAAUAUGAAGAACAAGGACGAAUUCAACAUUUGCUUCACAGAACUCGAGCCACAUUUCGCAGAGAUUCUCCAGACUGGACACACGGGAAUUAUUCUGGCGCUCUGCCUGGCCUGCAAAAGGCUAGAGAUCAAUCAGAACCAAUUCAUCAAGAGCCUCCGACGAGCCUUGGAGUGUCCGAAGGAGGGAAACUUUGCAGUUUGCGUGCUCAAAUUGAAGCCUCAUGAGCAUGUUCUGAAGGAUUCAUCUAACUUUAUUCACAUUCACGGUUCAGUUAUUUUGCAAGAAAUGUUGAAUUUCCGCAAACCCAUCGACAUUAUCCAGAGUAUCCUUAGCAUCUCGCCGGAUCAGUUGGUGACUUAUCUCAAUUCAGCUAAAGGAUCUUUCAUCGCCAACGCCUUCUUCUCGUCCCAAUUCGUUGGGGAGAAGUCGCGUGUGUCCUUUGUGAAUCAUCUGAUGAACUUCUUGGUGGAUCUGGCCAUCAAUAAGUUCGGUUCCAGGGUUGUUGAAUGCCUGUUUGAGGCAUCUUCGGGAGAGUUGAGGGGUAAAAUUGUGGCGGAAUUGGCGGGAAAGAUCAAUAGACUACAGAGUACGCCAUUUGGGUUUAUCGUUUCGAAGAAACUCCAUGUGAAUGUUUACAAGGAAAAUGCCAAGAAAUGGAAUUCCCUCCACAAUAAAGUUAAUAAAGACAAAGGAAGACCCAAUGCCAGCUAAUCAGAAGCCUCCUGGGUAAGUCCAUUUGAUUUGUUAUUUGAUUUUUUAUGAUUUUCAAUUUACAAAUGGAAUUAAAAAAUAGAAAAAAGGUUGUUUUUUUAUUAUAAAAGAGCCGGAGUUGAAUUUUCUCCCCAUUUAUUGCAUUAGGCUUUUCAUUUUGACGAAAUCAGAUCGUCGUAACGC